AUGCCCCCCCUCUCCUUCUCCCUCCCUCAAUUCCUGAAAGGUUUCGUCCGCGAAUUCCACUCUACUCCCCUCGCCGCGGCAAAGCCCUCCCGCCGCCGGCUCGAGCACAUCCUCCGCAACGUGCCGAAAUACCCCUAUCCGAUAAAGCACACCUUCAAGCAGAGCUGGUUCGGCCUGUACGGUGGGAAACACAUACAAUUCGGCAACAACGUCCCGGAGAACUUCCUCCGCUACAAGACGCGCAGACAAUGGAUGCCGAACGUCAGACAUAGAAGUGUGUAUUCCAGGGCGCUGGGGAUGCAUUUUAGUUUGGAUAUUACAACUAGCGUUUUACGGACAAUAGAUAAAGUCGGUGGUUUAGACGCAUACCUCACCGGCACGAAGCCAGCUAGGUUAAAAGAGCUCGGACCAACCGGCUGGCGCCUCCGCUGGCGCGUACUCAAUUCCCCGAACUAUCAGAGACGAUUGCAGGCUGAACGGAAGGCUCUCGGACUCCUGGAUGGCCAGGAGCCUGUAUUCCCUGGUGCGGGUUCGGCUCCGGCUCCCGCUGGAGCGAAUCAUAAAUUGAGGGGGUUGUUGGAGGACGCUUUCAUCGGAGGGGAAGAAAGGGUGGGAGGGGAGGGGGAGGAGGAGAUAGCUGUUGUCGCACCAAAAAAGGCAAAGCCGAUCUCCGCUGGGAAGGAACUUAUUUCGGAAUUGGAGAGAGCCAGUGCGCAGAGGGGUGGCGGAAGCAGGGGGAAGAAGGUGUAG